AUGGGUGGCCAGACCUCAGUUCACGCUCCUCCAGACAUGCUCGACCAUCACCAUCAAUACCCAGAUAUGAAUAUGAUCUUCAAGGGAAUCCCCAAAAUGAUACAGGUGGCUGAUGACAUGCACCGAAUGACAAACUAUAUCAUGGACCUCCGCAAUAUGACCAUCAUUUUAAUUAUCAUUUCAGCGAUUGGAAUUGUCGGAUUUUUGAUCAUCCGUGCAGCCAGCAGGAACAAUCAGAAGAGACGCAGAAGGAGCAUUCGAGCUGAAGAAGGAAUGAUGGCUGCUUAUCCUCCCGGCCCAUAUCCUCGAUAUUUUUAUCCAGGAUAUCCACCAGCUGUUGAUACUUGGGAUCGACCAAAGAGCACUUUCUCUCAUCACAGCAAUCAUGCCGAUCAGCUUGAGGAGAAGAAACCCGUGGACAGUCGAAAUUCUCCUGAAACUGCAAAGCUGAACGGCCACGUUGGAAGCAGCACUUACAAGGUACAAAAGAGUUUCUCUCAAGACGACUCGGUGCUUGCGAUGGAUCAAUCGGAGAAGAAACUCCCCUCACUUCUCACGAAUUCGACUCCAUCCGAUGUGCCAGCCUACCGUGCCCCCACCGGAGCUCAUAAACGCCCCCUCGAAUCCGUGAAACUAAUCGUCGAAGAUCUGCCCUAUGCGGAUAGUGAAAACAAAUAU